AUGGGAGCCUAUGCAAUUCUGGCAGCCAUACGGAUGGCUUGGAUACUUCGUGGACGAAGGCAGACCUCCUCUUGUGCGAAGGGCAGUGGCAGUGGCCAGAGCUCCGAAGACUGCGAAGCAGGCUGCCAGGGGAGCUGCAAAGGUGGAUGGCAGCAUUUGGUGUGUGUACCCAUCUACAAGGAAUCAGACGAGAUGGUCCUGGCCACGGUCACUCGACUUAAUCUGUCUGCAGCCGCACCGCGCAUGAGAGUGGUCUUCGCUAUGGAGGAGGCCACAGAUCGGACGGAGGAGCGUUUCGAGCUCUACAAGAGAUGCCUCUCAAACGUGCCCGAGGUGUGCUUCUACGUGCAUCCGGCGGGUGCUUCGAAGGGUGAAAUCCGAGGCCUUUGCUCUAACCUGGCGUAUGCCUUGUCCCAAGACGUCACUGCACUUCUCCAGCGCGGCAAUGGCAGCCUGGGAGCCAUCUCGAAGUACGUUCUGACCAAGCUGGACUCCCAAGUUCAUUUACCUCCGAACUAUUUCGAAGAGCUUGAGCUGUCUUGCCAGCAGAUGGCAUCCACUACCUCCGAAGCCGUCGUGUGGCAGCCGCUGCCGGUGAGCCUGCUGAACAGGGAGCUGAGCUAUGGACCCUCGCGUGCGCUUACGUCCAUGCGGACCUUUUGCUACCCGACCUUGUUCGGGCUGGACGUCAUGGUGGUCACUUGCUACAGCCUGCCCCUUCUGCAGUACGUGAAGAUGGGCUAUCACCAUCCCGGAUACAUGGGUGAAGACAUGAUGAUGCUGGCCCAGGCGGCUGUUUGCCAUCGCCGGGCUCGCGUAGUGAUGCUGCCAGUUUUGGUAGCCGUGGCGCCACCAAUCGACAGCACUUUAUGUGGGUCCAUGAUGGAGGCCAAUCGUCAGGGUGUUCGAUGGGCAGGGCAGACGGCGGAGGUUGCAGAAUUCUCGUGGAGAUUCAGAGCAAGAGGAACUAGCUGCCGCAGCCUAUGGGGGCUCUUGAAAUACUGGCUUGUGCGGAUUGCGUUGGUCAAUGGUCUAGGCCUUUUCAGCCUCUCCCUCGCCGUUUCCACAGCCGCAUUCGCCACAAGUUUUCCACAUGACCAAGCUUUGCUCCUUCAAAUCCUGGACAAGCUGUUGCAGUUGGUGAUAGUGCUGCUGCUCUUCGUGAUUCCCUUGUAUGAGCAGUACCUGUCAUCCCUGUUUCCAGAUCCUUCCCUGAGGGCUCCCCUUGUGCAGCUCCCUUGGACCAUUCUCUGGGGCCCCGUGGCACUCCUUACGAACGUGGUGGUGGAUCUUUGGGCAUGGUACAAAUUCCUUGUGCUGGGCAAAGCCGCGAUUGUGCUGACGCACCGCAAGAAGCACCAAGUCUCGCCGCAGAAGGUCGUGGAACCCUCGUGA